AUGGCUACUUUCAAAUUUAUAAAGGUACAAGUAUCUCCUAAUUCAUCUUCAUAUACAACAAUAUGCAAGGUCAGGGUAUAUGUUAUUCCAAAUGAUGCGCCUGGCUCCCGAUUCAUAACUGAAUGGAGAUCUCUGAAACCAAAGAAUUUAAAUUUAGAGAAGAGAUUCACCGAUAUAUGGUUUAAACUUUUAGAAGUAUUAGAUUAUUCAAAGAAAAAUUGGCACUGUAUCUCCUCAAAGUCUACAUUAAGUCAAUAUAUUGGUAGGGGAGUAUUGUUAAUAUCUACUACGGCUGCAAGCGAUGGCACACGGUACGAAAUACAAGACAACCUAGAGAUUAAUUUUCAUAUUGAUCGAUGGGCACAGAACAGACCGUUUGAGUCCUAUUCCCGGAAACCUUCCAACACUUCCAAGGAAUCGUUUGGUGCUAAAGUUCUGCAGAUUUAUAAUAAUAUUACAUCACCAAACUUGACUGAAUACGAAAAUAAGGAAAGUAAUUUCAAGGAAUCCAAUUCACUCCCAAGCCCGGAGGACGUGAUUAUCGAAUUGUUACGAAAAUCAAAAAUUGGUACACAUUCUAUCAAAGGUGUUUUUUCUAGGCUAUAUCCAUUUCAAGUCAUGUCUGUAUGUAAAAUGUUUGAAAAAGAAUCAAUUGAUAGAAAGGCGUUAGUACCCAAUUUCAUCCGAAUCAAAUCCCCUAACUCAGAUAUUCACUAUUACUUUGAUAUGACAAACAAAAGCUUUUAUUCUAAACCAGAAUUGUACUCCCUACCUAGAGGUGGUAUUUUAGCGGAGAAUAUGGGAUUAGGGAAGACACUUAUAUGCUUAAGUCUCGUAUGUUUAACCAAAUGUGAUGUAUCAGGAAUUCCGCCGUCUUAUUUAUUGUAUAAUGGAAAUGAAAACGAGAAAAUUGCAGAAAAUCUGUUCGAAUACGAUUCCAAUUCAACUUCUUCUUGGAAGAGUCUAGCCGAAUUAUGUAAAGAAUGCAUAAACCAAAACUCUUUGCCGUGGAAACAUUACAUUGAAGAUAUUCCUAUAUCGGUGGUUAAUCGAUUGUCGAGCUCACCUGGUUAUUUUAGAAUUCCUUUAGAGAAUCAUGGGUAUGACUCGAUAUACAGUUUAAGAACCCGAAAAACAUCAAGUAGGCAGAAAUUAAUAAACAAUGAUCUAUCUCCAGAGGGAAGAAUCUACAGAACGCUUUAUUUGUGUAAUACUACAUUGAUAAUAAUUCCUGAUAACCUUUUCCAUCAAUGGAAUAAUGAACUAAAAAAGCAUAUUGAGCCUUCGUUUCUUGAUAAGCUAUUUGUUUCAAGCCAGUUCAAGGAACCAAUUUAUUCUCAAAACUCAACAUUCAUGAGUGAACUUCCUGACGAUCCAAAAUAUUUGGUAAAAUUCGACAUGAUUCUCAUAACACAUUCCUUACUUGCAAAGCAGCUUGGCAAUUUAAAUAAAUAUGACAAUCCCUUAGAUAUGAUAUAUUGGAAACGUCUAAUUAUUGACGAGGGUCAUAGUGUACAGUCUAAGAACUCUAGAACAAGUUUACUUUGUAAGAGUUUACAUUCUGAAAGACGUUGGGCUGUAACAGGUACACCUACCUCUGGUUUAACAAGACUACAUAUGGAUGAAGAACAAACUGAAACAUUGGCCCAGAAUAAUGAAACUAAAUUGAAAAUGAAUCAUUAUGUUGUUAAGAGUAAAUUCAACGAAAGAGAUGAUUUAAACAAGUUGGGGACCAUAGUAAGUAAUUUCCUAAAAAUUGAACCUUUCCACUCUCAACCUAAGGUAUGGACAAACUCAAUCAUAAAGCCGUUAACUUCAAACUCGUAUGGUUCUACUGUUAGUCUAUCAAAUUUGCUAGAUGCUAUAGUUGUUAGACAUGCGUUAAAAGACAUCGAACUGAACUUGAAAUUGCCUGCAUUACAUCACCAACCAGUAUUCUUGAAGCCAUCAUAUCAUAACAAAAUUGCAAUCAAUUUAUUUACGGCAGUCUUAGCAGUAAAUGCUGUUUCAUCCGAAAGAAUUGAUGUUGACUAUAUGUUUCAUCCUUCUAACCGCCAACAACUUAGAAGAUUGAUUACUAACUUGCAAAGAGCAACAUUCCAUUGGACCGGUUUCAAGCAAAACGAUAUAGAAACUUUAAUUCACAUAUGCAAUUUGUCCUUGAAGAAAAGAAAGGCAAGCGGAAAUUCAGUUUACAGCGACUAUGAUAUAUCGCUCUUAAAAAAGUCUAUUGAAGUUUCUAAAAUAGCAUUAAAUAAUCCAAGGUGGAGAACUAUUGCAUUAUUACAUGAAAUGAAUUAUUAUGUCUCUGGCUUGCCUGACAUUUUUACUAAGACCUACGGAACAGGAGUCUUGGAAGUAACAGACCAAAGCGGGAAGCGUGAUGAUAUUAGUGUGUUUGGGGCUCCGCAUCUUAAUGCUAUUCAAGAAUUUUUUUAUAAAAAUAGGUUCAUGGAUAUGAACAACGAGGAAGCAUUGCGAUCUAAAUUGUAUUUGUCUUCUAAACCAUUUUGGUCCUCAUACUGGAAGGACAAUAUGAAGCGAAAUUCUGAACGAUUUAAUAAGCAAGAUAAUAAUCAAAGCCUUAAUUCAAAUGUCAAAGCAGAGGAAAUAGAAAAUGCUAUUAAUGUUCCAAGUAUUGUUAAAAACUUUAAACCAGAAAGCGAAUUACAAGCACCAGAGUUGUCAACUCCCAAGUCUAACAAAACACAUGGUAAAAUCGCAGAAGUGAGUCCAAAGGAGAGGUUGGUUAGAAAUGAUGGAGAAGGUUUGAAACUUACAGACGAAAUUAAAACAAACCAAUCGAUAGACGAUCACAAUAUAAAUUAUCAGUCUAUUAAAACUGCACAAAUAUUAGGCACCGCUUCAGCUAAACUUUCAUAUCUAGCAAGCCGAUUACUUGAACAUCAACAAGAAAAGGCAAAGUCGCUUGUUUUUUUUGAGUUUGAAGAUAGUGCCUAUUACUUGACGGAACUAUUAGAAGUUUUGGGUAUCAAGUAUAUUCUAUAUGCGACAUUUAUCAAUCCCUCUCAACGUACAAAUAACUUGACAGAGUUUAGUAAUUUUCCUGGAGGAGUGACUCUCAUUAUGGACUUACGAUUGGCAUCUCAUGGCUUAACUAUUCUUUCGGCAACUAGGGUAUAUUUUAUAAAUCCUGUGUGGCAAAGGUCAAUUGAAGCCCAGGCAAUUAAAAGAGCUCACAGAAUCGGACAAACAAAGGAUGUUUAUGUGGAAACUUUAGUUUUGAAAGGAACAUUGGAAGAAGAAAUAUAUAAAAGGAGAUUUUCAAAUGAAGAAUCUGUGAAUGAUGUAAGGGAUGAGACUGACAAGUCACAAAAAAGAUACGUUAUUGAUGAUACGGGAAUGCAAGAAUUUAUUUUGAGGCAUAACUUCUUGGAACAUGAGGCUAAUGAACAAGAAUUUGCUCCAUUUGUCGCUCCAGCGAUAAAUCCUGAUUCUUCUAUAAAUGAUGAUACGCAAAACUUGAGCCUGGAAUAUUCCUUACUUAACCAUAAGGAUGCACUCCAACGCACAAAGGAUUCCGGUCUAUUAAAAGAAUGGAAGACAUAUCUCUUCAAUGAAGAUAAUUUGGCAUUCUCAAGUAACAUUAAGAACCAAAGGCUCAAUAAAAAGUUUUCCCAAAAUGAGUUUCUUCGUAAAUUUGUUGACCCAAAAGAACAAGAUACAGAUUUAAAUACAGAUGAGAAAAAGACAAAAACACAUAUUGAUGGUCCCCGUCAUAAGAAGGUACGCUUUUGA